AUGCCGUUCGGCCUCAAGAAUGCCGGGGCAACCUACCAGCGAAUGAUCGCUCGAAUAUUCAAAGACCAGCUCGAAAGAACCAUAGAAACUUACAUAGAUGAUAUGGUAAUGAAAAGCAAGCUCGCUACAAACCACCUUGCAGACUUAAGAGAAGUGUUUGGUAUCCUAAAAAGCCAUCAGCUUCGCCUUAAUGCCUCGAAAUGCGCUUUCGAGGUAGGAACAGGGAAGUUCUUGGGAUACAUGGUGACUCACAGAGGAAUUAAGGCAAAUCCGGAUCAAAUCAAAGCAAUACAAGGGCUUGAAAUACCAACAAAGGCAAAGGAGCUACAGAAACUGGCUGGAAUGGCGGUCGUCCUGAAUUGGUUCAUCAACAAGUCUUCAGAUCGAAUGAAGCCCUUCUUCCAGUUACUAAGAAAAAAGGUUGCAUUUGAAUGGGGUCCUGAAUAUACCGAAGCAUUGCAAAGUCUCAAAACAUACCUCAGUACACCACCUCUCCUGUUCACUCCAGAACCACGGAAGGAACUAUACUUAUAUCUAGCAAUCUCGGAUCACCCUGUAAAUGCAGUAUUGAUCCGAGAGGUUAGCAAGGAACAAAGGCCAGUAUACUACGUUAACAAAACUCUACUAGAUGUUGAGACACGGUACCUACCCAUGGAAAAGCUAGUUUACACACUGCUCAUCGCCUCAAGGAAGCUGCAACAUUACUUUCAGGUUGAAAAUGUUCUUUACAAAAUUCAUGAUGGGAUUUGUGGAUGCCACGUUGGUGGAAGGUCACUGGCCCACCAAGCCCUCACUCAUGGGUACUGGUGGCCACGGAUGCAACAAGAUGCGCAGCAGUAUGUUCAGAAGUGCGAUAAAUGCCAGAGACGAUUCUUCAUCGCUGCAACCGACUAUUUCACUAAGUGGGUUGAAGUUGAAGCACUGGCGAGUAUUAAAGAAGCGGACACAAAGCGAAUCGAAUAUCGAAACUCUUCUCCGGGUUACCCACAAAGUAAUAGGCAGGCAGAAGCGUCGAACAAAACCAUCAUCAACGGAGUAAAGAAGCAGCUCGAACAUGCAAAAGGAAAAUGGGUUGAAGAGUUACCCCACAUGUUAUGGUCUUACCGAACCACGACGGCACGACACUCAACGAGGGGAACACCUUACUCCCUAACUUAUGAAAUGGAGGCUAUUAUCCCACUUGAAGUUGGUCUCCAAACCCUCCGAUCUGAACUGUUUGAAAGCAAAAGUAAUGAGAAAGCUAUUGCACAAGCACUGGAUAUGGCAGAAAGUCGAAGGAAAGCAGCACUGAUCAGACUUGUAGCAUAUCAGCAGCAGCUCAUCAAGAGUUUUAACCAAAAAGUUUUUCCAAGGCAAUUCACACCUGGAGAACUGGUUUUGAGGAAAGUUAUGAAUCACAAAAGGGUGCGUGGCGAAGGAAAACUUGGACCUAACUGGGAAGGUCCAUACAAAGUCACAGUCGUUGUUGGAAAUGGAGCUUACUACCUAACGGAUCUCAAAGGCAAAGCCAUACCUCGACCCUGGAAUGUAGCAAAUCUCAAAAAAUACUAUCAAUAG